AUCCCGCCUUUUGUUCUAUACAAAUCUUAUUGAACAAGUGAUGACCUACAUUGAAGACCAAAUUUUGGAAGAUGUAAUUUUGCCUGUUAUUUACCCUGUUCUCAAAUGGAAAUCAAUUCAAUCAAAAGACCUUUACGAGAGUGUUCAUGCUGCUAUAUUGAGUCUCUUAACUGCCAAAAAACCCGUAUCCCGUGAAGUAGCGGGUGUUUACGCCAAUAUUCUCAUCAGUAGUUUCCCCGAGAGAAUUAAUUUACAGCAGCUUACAUUUGGUUACUCAACUAUGACUCAGGCUUUAUGUGAUAUGGAUGAUGCAAUUGCAUGGCUUACUGUUGGACAUCUCUUGGAUAAGAUUGAUGGAUUGACAGAAGAGUCGCAAUGCGUGGAGAGGUCACAAUAUAUAACUGUUCUUAUCGAACUUAUGAAACCACUCUCACUUGGACCUUUCUAUGCAGUCUAUCUGAAUAAGCUGAGGACAUUGGUGCUUAACUUGGAAACACCAGGUAUGCAAAAAGCUACAUUGAAGUUAUUGUUUGAAACUGUCAGCGGGACAGGUAUUUCGGAUAUGCGACGAGUAGAAACUGUAGGUUGGUUCUUGGAUUUGAAGAACCAGGUGGGAAUCUAAGUACAGCUUAUAAUGUUAAUCUAAAUUCAAUUUAAACAAAAACAAAAAAUAAAAAGCAGAAACAAAAAAAAGAGUAGGUUGAUUAGCCAACU